AACCACGACUAAUAAGCACAAGCGGCGACUCGCACGUCGUUCUCAACAGGGUGGCCAACUAGACCCUCACAUACAGUACAUCACUUGAUGAAUGACGACGGACCCAUGGUGGCGUGGUCAGAUCAUCCUGCCCUUGUUCCCAAUUCUCAUCUCCCGCGUGGCCGAUGUCCUUGAGAAUCGGCUGAUAACUCCUGGUAAUAAAUAGCAACCGAGCAAACCCGUAACGUCAAACGCGCAAGACUCUAGCCUUUGUACUUCCCCGCUAUGAAUGUCACGCUCUGCGACUGUUUCCGACUUGUAAAGCCCGGCAGGACCACCAAGCAUGGAUCAUUGUUGCCAUGAAUGGUUCUCCCAGCUAUAAGUUUCGUCGGCUUCUCUCGUUCUGCAAGACCAUUGCCAUGGCUGGCUUGCCUCCCACGAUUUUAGAGCUGCGACAGUUCUCCACGGCUGCUGCAUAUCCUCGGUAUCGAGAGCCAAUGUCCGACCCACUGGACGCGUUCAUCUUCUCGCCCGAAACAUACCUCGAGCUCCCCUCACAACCUCUCAACCCCACUACAAUCCUCAACGGCCAGUACCAGGCUGGUCGAAUAUUUGUCCAGUGUAUCCCCCGCAAUCCCCUCAUCUGUGGUCGCCCCUCCUACAGUAUCGCGUUCACGGCACACGGUCAACCAGCCCCGUACCUCUCCGACAUCCGACACGGGCGUGUCUGCCUCGACCGCGAGGAUGGGGACGUGAUGCGAGAGUGCGGGCUCGCGAACCAGUGGAGCCGGUUCCGAUGGGUGCUCGAGUGGCCUGGGGCAGCAGAGAAGGGGAAAGACAUCCGGAUUGGCAAUGGGCUCACGCGCAGGAUCCUCAUACGGGAGAUCACAGACGCGAUCGAGGUGUUCCUCCGCGGCAGGACCAGACGAUACGUCGUUUCUGGUCCAGGGUCUCAACCACGCGAGGUCCAGCUCGAGGAUUUGCGCAUCGUGGCGGUCAACUACUACGGCAGAUUCAAUUGGGUGCCUAUCUUGGCUUUGGAUUAUCCGCUCCAUUCGAUCAAAGGGCGCUUUCACAUAUCGUGUGUUGCGAGAACGAUGGCUCCGACUCUUCCAAACUCGAUGUAUACUGCACCUCCGCUCCCAGACGAAAUCAUCUCCGAGAUAUUGGCGCCGGCGCUCGAAGUGUCCGAGCAGAAUUUCUGUUAUAUCGGCACGGACGCCUCCCCUUUCGUGAUAUACACGGAGUCUCCGCGAGCAUAUCUCGUCGUAUGCAAAGCGUGGCUGCGCGUCUCCACACCACUGCUCUAUCACACCGUCGUCUUGCGCUCGAAAGCACAAUCCAAAGCGCUAGCACGCACACUCGUGCAAGUUCCGGAGCUUGGGCGGUUCAUCAAGAGGCUGAGGAUCGAAAGCGGGUACGGGACAUAUAUGCGUCCUAUCAUACAAGCCGCGCCAAACAUAUCCGACCUCUUUCUUUCGCUCGAUAUCUACACGACGGACAAUACGGACAGCCUGUGUCAGGCACUCGCGAGCAUUAACCCCGAGCGACUUAUCCUGCAGGAAACUAACAAGAAGCUGACGAACAAGAUGUUUACGAAGCUGCUGUGGGCGCUGGAGGAGAUCAUACCCCAUUGGAAACGGCUGACGCGAUAUCAUUGCUGUGGUCCCACAGGCCAUUCGAUCGCAGCGUCUUGCGCUGCGCAAAUGCUGGCACCUGCCUUUGUCAAGGCACAAAGGCUCAGCACCUGGGUCGUGCCGAGUUCGCAUGACUUGGUCAGACUCUGCGAUGGUUUCCAGGGGUGUCCGUUGAAGUCUGUCGUCAUCUCAAAACCGUUAGAUGGGUGGGAACUCAAUGGGAUCGAGAAUCUGCCUGCUGAGAUUAAGGCCUUGACAAAGUUCACAAUGAAGAAGUCUCGGAAGCCUGUUCCGGCAGCAGAUCUAACGGAAGCUCCCGUGCAGUCCUUCACGCCAAUGUCGACUGCGGCAGCAGAGGCCCAGGAAGCUGUAUGGUCCAGGGUGCUUUACUUCGCAAUCGGAGACGGCUCGCCUCGACUUCCAUUUCUUCUUGUCUCAAAGAUAUUCUAUGUGAGCAAGACCGUGCCAAUGACACCAGUCGCGCUCUUAGACUCACCGCAGAGGCUGGGUCUUCCAUUCUACUACUCCAGCCUCCAGCUUGAUGUCGUUCAAGCGCUUCCGAAAUUCAACCAGGUUCUGAUGAACCACCCGGAGAUCACCAGAUCCGUGCGUUCGAUCUUGAUGAACAUCCACACCUAUGAUGAUCUGGAUCAAUCCAAACAAUGUGUUGCCAGCACCUUCUCGAAGCUGUCAGGGCUCGUGCGUGUUGACACACCCGAAUUCCUGAUCCAGUACCAUGGUCUGCUCGAGAUGGACAUGGGAUCCCUCGAUCUGCCUUGGACGGUGCUUGAGGUGCUUGCUCGUCAUUCAGGCUCGACGCUGGAAGAGUGUGCGCUGCUGCUGGCGCCGCCAUCCGAUGGCGACAAGGCCGCAACGCUCAAGCCAUUAGCGAGACUGGUGAAGCUCAGACGCCUUGUGUGGUGUUGUCUUGCUCCGUUCUCGACUGAAAUGCACAACGACGCGCUCGUCAAAGUGGAAGAGAUCUCGAUCAUCGAAUCCGACGAGUCAUUCCUGAGCCUGUUGUCUCAACUCCAAUUAAAUUCGCUGCGCAAAGUCACGCUGAUUGGCCUCAACGCUCAAUAUGAGACCUUCCUCAGGAUCCACGGGCACAAGUUGCAGGAGCUCACGGUCUGCUUCCGAGUUCUCGACACCUUUUCCAUGGCUCUGUGUUCCAUGUGCCCUAACCUUCGCGUGCUGAUCCUCCAGGCCAAAGACACCAUCUUCAACUAUGACAGAGUCACUCCUUGCCCUCCGGAGCUCGAAGAUCUUGUUUCCGAAACACCUUUCGCGCAUCUGACCAAGAUCGUCAUUCGCCCCGGCCAACAUGACUUCAAGCCGAAGGAGUAUGAGGAAAACGGGUGGCCAGAUUUCCUCAACGCUCUGGAACCCCAUUGGUUCCCUAGUCUGAGAGACCUUGAGUUGACGUUUUUUCAUUGGCCGACACAGGAGCGAGACAUCAAGAAGUGUUUCUGGGCCAAGUCGGCAGAGAGUCUCGCUAAGCACGGCUUGAAUGUCGUUGACGGGGACGGGAACCGAUGGCGGGCGAGGCUCAAAUGAUUUGUAUUCUUAAAUGGAGGUUGGAACCGAUCUCAUCUACUGUAUGCCCAACAUGACCUUGCGAGUCAUGAUCGAUUAUCUUCUACUACCCCAAUUGGGGCACAUCAUGGUAAAGCUACAUGAUGAUGGAAAGUACUUUUAGAUUCUAAUAGGGAUUCAGUAGUGGCAUGGAGUGGUGGUGCUUAAAUGAGGGUGAUU